AUGCGGCUGACAUCCUGGCUCAACAAGGGCCUGGACUGGGCGUCAUCCGACGAGGUGAUGACGCCGCAGAAGCGCGUCAAGAGUAUGGUAGACAAGAAUACCAGUCUUGCCAGCGUGAUCCAGGGAGAGGUGUGGGAAGCCGCCAAGACGGCGCCAAAGGGUGAUACCCCUACUGCCAAGAACAUGGGGGAACCGACCUCCAUGGAGACUGGAGACGGGGGCCAUGUCCAAUUUGGCCCCCAACCAAAUGUCAUUCCAGAGACCCACACUGCUCCGGAGUCAGAUGAGCAGCCUCCUUCAAAAGAAGGGGGCGCGCCCACUCCACCGGCGACCUCUGUCAAUCCGGAGGCGCCGGACACUCUGGUGGGAGCGCUUCAGAGCGCCGCCAUUGUGGAAGAACAUCGUACCCUUAUGGGUACGGUGGUUGAAAAGGCUGCGAUGCAGGCGUCAGCUUCCCAUGCCGCCGAAGCGUCCGAGCUGAGGCGGAAGUUAGAGGAAAAGCAAGCUGACGCGUCCGAGGUCGAGACCCUCAACAGCGCGCUGGCCGAAGCCAAGAAGGAGGCGGAGGAGGAACGAGCCGCUCGCCUGAAACAUGAAUCAAGGGUGGAGGAAGUCCAGCAAGAGCUCAAGGAUGCUACAAGCAAAUGUGAGUCCUUAGAGCGCAUGAUUUCGGAUCAAAAUUCCGAAGUUGCUAAGGCCCUCCAAAGUGCACAGGAGGCCCAGGCCGAAGCCCAAAGCGCCUGCCGGGAGAUCCAAGAGGCAAAGCAGAUUGCGGUGGGUAAGGCUUUUAUCAUGCAGCGCAAGAAAAAGGUUCGCCGAACUGUGUCCGGGGGUCCGGCCGGCCGCGCUCCCAACAACCAAGCUUUAGAUCUCGUCGGGGAGACGGGGGCCGAUGUCCUCGCGGAGAAGAAUGGUCUGCUAGCCCAAGAGCUGGAGCAGUGUCAAGCGCAGCUAAAAGCUGCUACCGCCGAACUGGGAGACUUGAAGAAGUCGUCCUCUGGGCCGUCUGAUCAACUUGAAGAGAAGCUGAAGGUCGCCCAAGAGGGAGAGAGAGAGAGGCGAAAAGGCAACACGCCACAGGCGAUCGUGUGCUGA